AUGUACCGAACAGGAUGCCGAUGUUGGCUCGAUCAAUUACUAUUGUCGCUCGUGAAAAAGGCCUACCACAGUUGUUUUCUUUUCCCGGAUAGGGAUAAGAGCUCCUUGUGCGAGAAUCCGGAAUUGAACUGCUUGCUUGAGAUAGAUGUUGCAUUCGAGUUGGAACAGGAAUUCAGAGCCCAUGAUAAGCAUGUGAAAGGGUGUUCGAAUGGUGGAGUGGUGAUCAUCAACUCGCCAUGGAGAGGCUCCGGGCAGCGGCUUCCGUCGGUCUUUCCUCCUCCGGUCCGCACUGUAUUUUCUGCCCUUCCAUUUUUCAAUGCCGGAGAGGGUUUGAGACUCUUCGCAGCUGGGCUCUCCAUGAGUGGUAAUAGGUCCGGGCCCAUGAGCGACAUGUUGGCUCGAGGGCAGGUCAUUAAUUAA